AAUAGACCGCCGCUCUUCUCUCUCUCUGUCCUUUUGGAUCGUUCUCUUCCUCUCUCUUUCUCUCUCUCUUGUCUCUGAAUGUUAAUUUAUAAAUUCUGAAAUCAUUCUCGUCUCUCUGAUCUCUCUCUUCCUUUUUUCUGUCUUCAACAAUUCUCUCUUUCACUCACAUUUGCCUGAAGCUUAGGGUUUCGUUGCAAACGGAACUCUCUCUCUCUCUCUCUCACACACACACACACCCACUGAGAUUAGAAAAACAUUGAAGCUUCAGAGGUACGCCUUCUUCUUCGCACCAAUCGAAAUUCCGGCAUUCACGAAUGUUCUUAAGCCGAUCUAUUUGGCCCCCGAAUUUCUAUUUUUCUUCUUCUUGGAAUCAUCCAAUUCUCAAUUUCAUUUGUGAUUUUGUUAUUAGCUGUGGGGAUGUGGUUACGACCUAUGAAUGAAUUUCGGUUUUGAUUAGGUUAGUGUUCACUGUUUCCUCGAUUUCGUAAUUUUGUGAUUUUGACAAUCAAUUUGGGAUUUGGUUCUGUAUGGCUGUAGAUUGUGAAUGUUGGUUUAGAUGCAACUGUUUUUAUUAUUAUUUUAUUAUUGUUUUUGACUUUUGGGCUUGGAAAUGGAGUGUUAAGGUUUAGGUGAGUUUUGGGAAUUGAAUAGAGGUUAAAGGUUGGUGAUUGGGUGACCUAGUGUGGGAUUUGAUAGGUUAGUAAUGACGGAUUUUGAGCCGCUACAACAGAAGCCAGAAUCCGCCGAUGCCUGCGCUGAUUUUGAGCGUGGAUUUGAGGAAUUCAUGCGUGGGCACUUGGAUGAAUGUAUGUCAUUUGCAUCAUGUAGUUCUCCUCGUAAUCCUGAUGAUGAUGAUGAUGAGGGUGAGCAGCUCGUGCGGAGGAGACGGAGGUUGGAUUUGGAGGGUGAUGAUCUAGCAGAGUCAUCGGCUGCCCGACGCCACCACUCCCGGAUUUUGAGCCGUUGGGCUGCGCGGCAGGCACAAGAAAUGAUAACUACCAUUGAGAGGAGGAAUCGUGAGUCUGAGCUGAUGGCACUCGCAGGGCUGCAUACGGUGUCGAUGCUUGACUCCUCAUUCUUGAGGGAGUCACAGUCCCCUACUUCAAGGCGGCAGGGGGCUGUGGAGAGGCCAAGCACUCAGGCUUCUGCGAUUUUGCAAAUGUGGAGGGAGUUAGAGGAUGAGCAUGUGUUGAACAGAGCGCGUGAAAGGGUGAGGGAAAGGUUGAGGCAUCGGAGGAGUGUUGAGUCUAAUACUAAUGAGUCAACCACAAAUAUGUCUGAUAGUCGAGGGAGUGAGAAUCAGGGUAGUUUGGUGGAUGCGAGUGAGAGUGAGAAUGAGUAUGGGACUUGGUCACAUGAUCAGAUGGCUUCACAGCAUGAACGUGGCGCUAAUGACGCAUCUAGUAGGGAGCAAUCUCCUGAUCUUGGCGAAGUUGAGAGGGAGAGAGUGAGGCAGAUUGUACGAGGAUGGAUGGAAACUGGCAUUAGUGAUCAUUCAUCCAAUGUUGCUCCGAGAAAUAAUAGUCCCAGAGCAGAGUGGCUAGGUGAGACAGAGCGUGAAAGGGUGAGAAUUGUUCGUGAGUGGGUGCAAAUGGCAAGUCAGCAAAGAGGAGCACGUGGGGGCCGAAGGGAAGAUCAAGUUACGAGUAUUGGUGCUCAAGUUGAUCGAGCUCGUGAUGCUCCUGUUGCUGACCAUGAAGAAGGCCAACCGGAGCACAUUCGCAGGGACAUGUUGAGGUUGCGCGGAAGACAAGCUAUAAUUGAUUUGCUCGUGAGGAUUGAGACGGAAAGACAAAGGGAGCUCCAAUCUUUGGUGGAGCAUCGGGCUGUCUCUGAUUUUGCUCAUCGUAACCGCAUUCAGUCAUUGCUCAGAGGUAGAUUCUUACGGAAUGAAAGACCCAUUGAAGAAGAAAGACCGCCUUCCAUGGCUGCUGGUGAAUUAGUUCAGUUGAGACAGCGACACACUGUUUCUGGUUUAAGGGAAGGGUUCCGCUCCAGAUUAGAAAACAUUGUUCGUGGUCAAGUUGGCAGCCAUACUGAUUCUGCGACUAACAGUAACAUUAAUGAUUCUAGAAGCGAUCAUACUCAAACAAAUGCUUCACAGGAUGUCCAACAGGAAAAUCAUGAGGAAUUGCAGACUGGGAGUCAUGGGGCUGACGUCAAUCUGUUGCCUGAUCCAAUGGGGAACUUGGAAAGCAACACAGCUGUUGAACGUCUCGAUUGGCAAGAAACUGCUAAUGAAGGAAGGAAUUGGCAGGAGCCAAUUGCUGAAGAUGAGACACAAAACUGGCAGCAGACAACUUUCAGUCAAUUCAAUGAAUGGAGAGAUGGUAAUGCUGAAGAUACUGUUGAAAAUUGGCAAGAAAAUUCAGUCAAUAAUUGGCCUCAGGAGACUCCCAGAAAUGUUGAUGGAGAAACAGAUCAUCAGCAAGAAGCCCAGGGGAUUUGGCAUGAGAAUGGUUCUCGGGAAGCUGUUGGAAAUUGGGCCGAAGGGCCUUCUGCUCCUGUGAGAAAUCGUCGUUCUGUUCCAAUUAGAAGAUUCAAUAGAUUUCAUCCACCAGAUGAUGAUAACGUGUACAGUAUGGAACUCAGGGAACUUUUGAGCAGGAGAAGUGUUUCCAAUCUUCUUCGUAGCGGGUUCCGUGAAAGUCUGGACCAUCUAAUACAGUCAUAUGUUGAAAGGCAAAGUCGUUCUCCCAUUGAUUGGGAUUUGCAUAGGAAUUUGCCAACACCAACUCCGGCUUCACCAGAGCAGGAUCAGGAGCAACAGAGGGAUGAUCAGAAUGAAGAUCAACAUGAUGCCAUCAACAGACCUUCACUUGUUCUACCAUCUCCACCAGUGCCCCCACCACAGCCAUUAUGGCAUCAGGACUUACAUCACACUGGCUGGUCUCGUCAUAGCAUGCAUCGUUCAGAAAUCGUGAGCCAUCUCCAAUUCGGCAUGAGCCACAUGCAGAGGAUGUUGGAGGCCUGCAUGGAUAUGCAAUUGGAGUUGCAACGUUCUGUCAGACAGGAAGUUUCUGCAGCUCUGAAUCGUUCAUCUGGUGAAAAAGGGUUAGGCGCUGAGACAUCAGAGGAUGGGUCUAAAUGGGGUCAUGUGAGAAAAGGGACUUGUUGUGUUUGUUGUGAUAGCCACAUCGAUUCUCUCUUGUACAGAUGCGGGCACAUGUGCACUUGUUCAAAAUGUGCAAACGAGUUGGUUCGUGGCGGAGGGAAGUGCCCACUUUGUCGAGCACCGAUUGUUGAGGUGAUUCGAGCAUACUCCAUACUGUAAAAAUAACUUUUAAUAGGAAAGAAGGAAAGAAAAGAAUAAAACUUGAAUAGAAUGACUUGAAUGGUGGAAGGGGGGGAAUGCAGCAGUGGUUCCUUAGGAUGAAGAUGAUUGGGAAGCUUCUGAGGUCCUCCUCUUUUCUGUAGAGUGUUUCAGUAGUUGCCGAUGUUUUUCUGAUUAUAUGUGGAAAACAGAAUGCGUUGUAUAAUUGGAAUAACAAAUGGCACUCUUGAUUCAUCAUUCUUGCGUAAAUAAAAUCUUCUCAUGAAAA